AUGUCGCUUGAUAUCAAACCUACUGAACGGUCCACGGAGGUGGAAAAGAUCCCUGAUGUGCCCUUAUCCUCGGAUGACGCUGUCCUUCAAGCCCAGGGCCAUCGGGCCGAGUUGAAUCGGUCUUUUUCCUGGGUAGGAGCGAUUGGGUUUGCUUUCAGCAUUUCCAACGCAUGGCUGGGUUAUGCCGCAACUAUUGGAUCUACCUUGCUAUAUGGCGGAGGCCAAACAGCUCUAUUCGGCCCUGUUCUUGCGGCAGUUGCGACUACGGUUGUCUUCCAAGGUCUUGCGGAGUUAUCCUCCGCAUUUCCGUCUUCUGGAGGCCAAUAUCACUACACCUAUAUCAUGGCUCCCAGCUCUAUCCGGAAUUUUCUUGCCUAUCUGGUAGGAAUUUGUAAUAUUCUCGGGUGGUGGAUGUCCCUUGCCUCAGGAACCAUCAUUGUGGCAACCUCGACAUUUGGUGUCGUGGCGUUCUGGUAUCCGGAUUUUGAAACUCAACAAUGGCAAGUUUACCUCUGCUAUGUACUGACCAUUGUCUUGAGCUUAAUCCCCGUAUUCGUUAUUCCCCAGAAACGCGUGGACCAUAUGGUCAACUCGGCUAUGGCUUUGUCUAUAUUUGGCUUCUUCGCUGUCAUCAUCACUUGCUUGUCUAUGGGCAAGGGCAAUUACCAUCCAGAGAUGAUGACCCAGUAUGACGGUGCCAGCGGAUGGUCAAGAGUCCCUGCCUGGCUGUUGAGUAUUAAUCUUGGCCAGUAUGCCUUCAUGGGCAAUGGUGCUGUCACUCAUAUUGCUGAGGAGAUGCCACGACCAGGGCGAAAUCUUCCUUUAGUAUUAAACAUGGCCCAGCUUAUAGGAGUCAUCACCGCCAUUCCGUGGACAAUGGUCGUGCUCUGUGGAGUCCAGGAUAUGCAUGCUGUGCAGAACUCGUUCCAUGCCUCGAUGGAGAUGUUUUACCAGUCAACUGGAAGCAAAACGGCAGCUACUGUGCUGCAAUCUUAUCUCAUUCUUCUUUAUUACUCCUGUCUUCCCAGUCAAUGGAUAACAUGUAGUCGAAUCGCCUGGGCGUUCUCACGCGACGCCGGCCUCCCCGUCUCUUCAUACUGGAACCAUAUUUCUCCUAAAUACAAGAUCCCGGUGCGGACCACUUUCCUCACUGCCGUCUUCUGUCUUAUCUACGGCCUUCUCUACAUCGCCAGCACCGACGCUUUUAACUCCAUCAUCAACAUGUCCUUCAUGUUCCUGACAUUCACGUAUGUCGCCCCGCAGACAAUUCUGCUCUUCGGGCGGAGGGAAAGUCUGCCCAAGAGGCCAUUUAACCUGGGGAGGUGGGGGUAUGCGGUUAAUGCAUUUUCUACCGCAUGGUUUGGCUUCACAUUGGUGUUGGUGUGUUUUCCGACGCAGAUUCCUGCUACGAAAGGGUCAAUGAACUAUGGGGCAGCUGUCGCAGUCGGUGUGUUCGUGUUAGUAAUGAUCUUGUGGUUAGAAAGGAGGAAGAAGUUCGCUGGGCCGAACAUCGAUUGGGAUAUGUUGAAAAGGGCGCUGGAGUAA